CCGGCGGGAGAGACCAGCAUUUCUUUUUGUGCGAAGCUUGUGCACGCACCCUUCACAUCUCAUCUUCUUAGGUUCGCGAUCUUUUUUGGUUUCGAUACUAUCUUUCACCUCAUUAUCCUUCUCAGUUGAUCCCUUUGCUUUUACAUACGGUAUAUAAACGGGUGUUGUAAUGCGAAUGGUGGCUGCUGAAAGUUUGCGAUAAUCGCAACCAACUUCAGUUCGCAGCCCUAAAAUCGGUUUCUUGGCCAGCACUUCAAUCUUCUCUCAAUCAACAAGCAAGAAUUCAAAAUCCUGACGCAACACGUUGUCGAGAACUUGAGUUAAUCCAAAUUCCUCGUUAUCCCCUCUACCAGACCCACGAGCCUCGUCUAUAUACAUUUCAAGUUUAUCUCGACUAGGCGUCAACAUGGCGCCUUCGGCUCAAACGCAUCAUCGCUCCCACAGCCUGCUGCUCUUCCAGAAGCUGCUGAACCUUCGAGACAGCGCAAGCCCACUCACACUUAUUCUCGAUACCCUUGAGCAAGGUGCGGGACCUCUUUUACAGGAAUUCAUCAACAGAGGCAAACUUGCCCGAAGUAAAAUACUCUUUGUGUCGUUUACUACCGCCAGGAAGCCCCGCAAUGUCGAUAUCUUCAUAAAGGCCAGGGGCAAGUCAGUCACGGCUCUCAUAACCGAGAUCGCCUCACAUUGUGCUCCUGUCAACAGUCAAACACCCAAAGACACUGCAACAAACUCCCAAAAAUGUUUGAUCGUGGUUGACUCGCUUAACCCCCUCGCCUCCAAAGAGCCGCACGUCCUUCCCCUCUUCUUCGGCAGCAUCAUCAACCCGUUCGCCUCCCUCGUCGCCGUCUACCACAACGAUGUACCUCUCGUUCUUCCCCGAACCGUCAAUGAGUACGAACCCCACCCGCUCACCCUGCUGUCACACAUGGCCACCGCCAUCUUCAAAGUGUCAAGUCUCUACCAGGCCGUCGAGACCAAGCGGGCGCAAAUGCGGAGUUUGCGCGAGCCGGAAUGGGGGUUACACGAAGGGCGUGAAGGCGUGCUUGUUGGUCUGCGGACGGGCCACCAGCCCGAGGGACUCGUGGUGGAGAUGGAGAUGAGGAGGCGCAGCGGGAGAGCCGUGGCUGAACGGUUCAUUCUCAGCCCAUCAAGAGGCGGUGCCGGCGCGGGUCUGUCACUGCUUUCGGACCACCCGCUGUUUGCGCCAGCGAAGGACGCGGAGGGCGGUGCGGAGGGGGAGAUGGCGGAUUCCACGUUCAAUUUGGGGUUGACGGAGAAGCAGAGGAAUGACAGGGAAGGAAUUGUGUUGCCGUACUUUGACGCGCAGACAGAGGUUGGUGGAGGAGAAGGGGGGCGGAUCCUGUAUGACAUGGGGAGGGAAGAUGAUUUUGAUGAGGAGGAGGACGAGAUCUGAGUCAAGCCUGAUCAACAAACUGAUGUUGUCGCCGUCUUAGAGUCGGCCAGGGGAGUGUAUGUCGUGCAUCGAGAUUUUACAGUCAUCCAGCUGGCAUGAUGAGGUUAUAUUGAAAAGAUAUCUCUACUGUAUCUUUAUCCACUUCGAUAUCCUGCACUCGCACACUGACUAGCACGAUGAAGCUAAUCGCCUGAGAAGCAGAGUUACGAAGAAAACGGAUGUCGCAGAAAGUCCGCACGUUGACCGUUUGAUUCUUGUCCUCAAGCUCAACAACUGUUUAGACCUUGGACACCCCCUGGGGCUGAACCAAU